AGAUCUGUCAUUCGUUGAAUUGAUCAUAUACAGUAUACGUCUAUGAAUCAUGAUGCGAUAUUUUGCUUUGCUAUGAUAUUGAUACUGUUUAUUGUUACUUCUUAUUACGAUAUAUUUUCCUUCAGUGUCGAAAAUUAGGAGUAUGGUAGAGGAAAUCAUUAAUUCUAACAAUAAACCGAAAAACAAAACAGCUCGACCUCGUCCAGUGUACUUGUGGAAUGUAUUAGAUGUACAAAAGUGGUUGAGACGACAUUGCAGUGAUUAUUAUCAGCUGUACCACGAAAAGUUUCUGCAUCAUGACAUUACAGGAAGAGUAUUGUUAAGAAUAAACGAAAAUAUUUUGCUGCGGCUUGGUGUCGAUAAUGAACAGCACAGGAUGGACAUAUGGAGAGAAAUUAUGAAACUGCAUCUCAAAACAGAUAUGUUAGAAAUUAGGGAUAUAGAGCGACGCAAUAAUAUGAAUUUUGACUAAACUUACAUGCAAAACUUUUAUAAAUUUUACA